GGUGAGAUCCCUGCAUCGUGCAGAAUUACUAGUAGCCAGGAGGCUCUCGUAUUCAAAGCCGCCGGCUGACAUAUUCGUCCUGCUCGGACGCCCCUUACCAUUUCCUCGCACAAAAGAAGGUUUACGAGAGAGACAGAGAGAGAUAAGUUCGCUCUCUUAGUCUCUUUGUAGCGUUUGCCGAUGGCUUCUACGACCCACUGGGGAACCGUCCUCUUUCCUCUGUCUCCGUUCCGUGCUUGGCUGUCCUACUUCGCCGUCGAAAGUGUCAUAUUUGUUCGACUUUAGAUCUGUGAGGGAUUUUAUCAGUUCUUCCCCGAUUUAGUAGAGUGAGGGCGAGAUUUGACAGGACGGGAGAUAUGAAUGUGGUGAAGGGGCAAGAUUGGCAGCCUUGCAAUAAGAAGAGGUUGUGAAAACGAAGAAUUACGGUUUAAUUGGGCGGCAAGGUGAAGGGUUGGGGGAAAGACGGACAGAGAUGAGCUCGACAGCGAGAAUGCGGGUGGGGAGGUAUGAGAUAGGAAGGACUUUGGGGGAGGGUUCGUUCGCGAAGGUCAAGUUUGCGCGGAACGUGGAGACAGGAGAGAAUGUUGCCAUCAAGAUCCUGGACAAGGAGAAGGUCCUCCUUCACAAGAUGGUUGGCCAGAUCAAACGGGAAAUUUCUACCAUGAAGCUGAUUAGACACCCAAAUGUAAUAAGGAUGUAUGAGGUGAUGGCAAGCAAGACAAAGAUAUACAUUGUAUUGGAGCUUGUGACAGGUGGUGAACUCUUUGACAAGAUUGCAAGCAGUGGAAGAUUGAAGGAGGAUGAAGCAAGGAAGUACUUUCAACAGCUAAUCAAUGCCGUGGACUAUUGUCACAGCAGGGGCGUCUAUCACAGGGACCUAAAGCCAGAAAAUCUGCUUUUAGAUGUCAAUGGGCUUCUCAAAGUCUCGGAUUUUGGACUAAGUGCACUUCCUCAACAAGUUCGUGAAGAUGGACUGCUUCACACAACAUGUGGAACACCAAAUUAUGUUGCUCCAGAGGUGAUAAACAAUAAAGGCUAUGAUGGAGCCAAGGCAGAUCUUUGGUCAUGCGGUGUUAUCCUUUUUAUUCUAAUGGCAGGCUAUUUGCCUUUUGAAGAUUCUAACCUAAUGAUACUUUAUAAGAAGAUCUUUAAAGCUGAUUUUACAUGUCCUGCUUGGUUCUCCACCAGCGUGAAGAAGCUUAUUAAGAGGAUUUUGGAUCCUAAUCCCCAAACUCGCAUGACAAUGGCAGAAGUGAUCGAAAAUGAGUGGUUUAAGAAGGGAUACCAACCUCCAAGUUUUGAAACAGCUGAAAUUAGUCUUGAUGAUGUAAAUGCGAUCUUUGAUGAAUCGGGGGAGUCAGCGAAUCUUGUUGUUGAGCAGCGACUAGAAAGACCAUCUCAGAUGAAUGCAUUUGAGCUUAUUUCUACAUCCCAAGGUCUAAAUCUUGGAAGCUUGUUUGAGAAGCAGAUGGGUCUUGUUCAACGGGAAACAAGAUUCGCAUCAAAACUGCCUGCUGAAGAAAUACUUUCAAAGAUAGAAGAAGCUGCCAAACCUUUGGGCUUUAAUUCCGAGAAACGAAAUUACAAGUUGAAACUGGAAGGCGAAAAAAGUGGAAGGAAAGGUCCUUUAGCCAUUGCAACACAGGUUUUCGAAGUAGCUCCAUCAUUAAACAUGGUAGAGGUCCGUAAGGCCAGAGGUGACACUCUUGAAUUUCAUAAGUUCUACAAAAACAUCUCAGCCGGGCUGAAAGAUAUCAUCUGGAAAACUUGACAACUGAAGCAACUUCAAGUUCCGAUUAACACCAGACCUGUGUAAAAUGACUUGACUUGAUGCAUACUGCUUUUGAUCCAUUGCUUGGCUAUAUAAUUUCUGAAAUGUUUGUCUGUGCUGUUUUGUAAAUUUCCUGAAACUUGCGGUCCUAUGUUUUAUAUUUCCAAUGUAUUACUAUUUGGUUUCCUCGUGUUUCUAUCUCCAACCCAAUUUUAUCUU